AACGUCCGUGCCUCGUUCGACUCCUUCCCAUGUGAAAACAUGGAGGACGCGUUCUCGGCGCUGGAGGAUUUCUCCGCUGAUCGCGCUGUCGUCCCGGCGGAGAACUCCGUCGACGGGCCCAUCGACCGGAAUCUUGAUCUGUUGCUUCGACACGAGGAUGUGAACAUCGUCGGAGAAUUAGUCCUCCCCGUUAACCACUGUCUCCUCUCUCUACCCGGCGUGAAAAUUUCCGGGGUCAGGAGAGUAGUUAGCCACCCGCAGGCUCUCAGCCACUGUAAACGCCGGCUCGAGGAACUGAACGUUGAAAUCGACGAGGUCGACAGCGCUGCUGACGCUGCGAAAUUCGUGGCGGAGAACGGGAUCGGAGACACCACGGCGGUGAUCGGAAGCAAGGUGGCAGCUGGGGAGUUUGGGCUGCAGGUUCUAGAGCACAAUUUCCAGGAUCCGACAGUUAAUUUCAACCGUUAUUUACAGCUGGGUCUCGGUUCGGGUUCUGCGAUCCGACCCGGGGAAACCCGAAAGACUACGGUGGCGUUUACCCUAGAUAGCGGAGUUUCGGAUCUUUUCCGGGCGAUGUGGAUAUUUGAGGUACGAGGGGUUCGGGUUACACGCGUCGAACACCGGCCUAACCGGGCAAACCCGAUAAGGACCGUAGAGAAGGAGACUGGAAAGGCUGUCAAGUUGGAUUAUGUCUUCGUUUUGGAUCUGGAAGGAUGCGGGUCGGAUCCGAAAGUAAAGGCGGCCUUAACGGGUCUGGCCGAGAUUGCGGGGUUUGUACGGGUGCUAGGGAGUUACACAUCCAAGUGUGAAAGCAUAAGAAGUUAAAAUAAAGAUUAGAAAUAAGUUGUGUAUAAAAAGUAUAUACAUGCAGAUUGAGAGGAAAAGAUGAGACAAGACUGCCUCUCGAUGCAGAGAAGAAAACUGCAUUUUUUUUUAAACAUUUGUUUUUCCGUUCUUUUCAAAUUGUAUGUAUGAUAGAUUUAACUAGUCCCCCAAUUGGGACUGUUUUAUCUCAUUAAAGUUUAAAAGAUCA